UUUUCCAUCCACCCAAACAAAGCAUAAAUGUAAUUACUGGUUAAUAUAGACGGAGAAGCCACCGACGAAAUGGGACCUUCCCCUAUUGGAAUCAACGAAGACACGUCUUUGAUCUCCAAUUCUCUGUUUGCAAAUCCCUUAAUAAUCUUCCCUUUCCAAUCCAAUUUUUUCAACUACAAGAAUCUCCUCAAGAAAGAAUCCAAGAGUUCCAUUCCAAUGGGAUCCUACGGCCAAGAAGUGGUUCUAAUCACUGGGUGCAGCCAGGGAGGCAUAGGCCACGCACUGGCGAAGGAGUUUGCAGCCAACAACUGCCUAGUUGUGGCCACAAGCAGGUCCUUAAACUCCAUGAGAGACCUUGAUCAAGACCAUAGAUUCUAUCUCCAAGAACUUAAUGUUUUGUCAGAGGAGAGUAUCCAGCAUGUAAUGUCAAAUGUUCUUGAGAAGUUUGGGAGAGUCGAUAUUUUGGUUAACAAUUCUGGGAUUCAAUGCGUGGCCCCUCUUGCUGAAGUCCCUCUAUCCGCUUUACAAAAAACAUUCGACACUAAUCUUUAUGGUCCCAUAAGACUUAUUCAAGCUGCUGUUCCUCACAUGGCAUCUAGGAAAAAGGGAAAAAUAGUAAAUGUUGGAAGUGUUUCUGCCAUGGCUCCUAUCCCUUGGGCUGGUGUUUACACUGCAACCAAAGCCGCUCUUCAUUCACUGUCGGACACCUUGAGGUUGGAACUCAAGCCUUUAGGGAUUGAUGUUAUCAAUGUUGUUCCAGGAGCUAUUAAAUCAAACAUAGGAAAUUCAGCUAUAGCCAGCUACAACCAGAUGCCAGAGUGGAAGUUAUACAAACCAUUUGAAGCAGCAAUCAAGGAGAGAGCAUAUUUUUCGCAAGGAAUCAAGUCCACCCCUACAGACGAGUUUGCAAAGAAAACCGUAUCUGCCAUACUGAAGAAAAAUCCACCUGCAUGGUUCUCAUCAGGUCACUACUCCACCAUUAUGUCGAUCAUGUACCAUCUCCCGCUUUGCGUUAGAGAUUUUAUCAUCAGGAGAGCAUUUAAGUGUUGAGCGCUACAGGUUUAGUUGGUCGUCGUUUGCCCAUGUGAAUGCAACGAGUCCUGCCUUUUUUUUUUUUUUCUGUGUUUUUUCCGAAGUUCAAAGCUCCAGAGCUCAGUUAGCUAACAGAGAUAGAUGUUUGUGUUGCAUCUUGAUACUCGAUAGUAAGCUCUAGACCACUGGGUUAUUAGCCGGAUGGUACAUAAUGGUCGACGAAGUUAAUCAAUGUGUUUCUAUUUGUCUU